AUAAGAAUAUAAUUGACCAAUCAGCGAGAAGAUAACAAAAUGCAGUUGGAUGCCUUCUGUUGCUUUCCAUUUCUACUUUCGUUUUUGAACAAGGAAGUGCAGCAAACCUGUUAAAAAUGUGUAUAACCUGUGUUAAAGAAGAAUUUCCGGACAGGGAAUCUGUGUGCUUGGACAGUGGAUCAUACAUGUUGAACUUUGCUGGUUGUGCACAGUGUGGGGAGAAGAGUUGUUUGUCUACAGUAAAUAGACAGACAUCAGAGGACGAAUCAGAAGAGGAAGUAACCACUUACCAGCAUGUUUGCCAGAGCUGUAAUCAUGUUAUAGCAAACCAUGAGCAUAUAUUUAGGAUAGAAGAGGAUUUUCAGGUAUACGAGAUGCUGUGUUUACUAUGCGGCCGUAGUGAUGACCAGAGAAGUAUAAUGCCAUGUGAUCCACGAGGACCCAAACCAGAGCACUCUGAUUUUGACUGACAACCUUUUCUCGAGUCCUAUGGAGAAAAUGGAUGAUAUAUGUGUAACUCUAACAGUGACAGGGAUAUCGCUGCUUUGAUAAGUUAUAUUGUAGACAGCAUCUCUUUAGAGAAAAGUUAUUUAAGCUGAGGGACAAACACUGUUUUGUUUGAUUAAGUUAUAUGGUAGACAGUAUCUCUAACUUGCUGGUGUAUUUAGUAUUUCAGUGUUUUUUCUGUAUGACUAUGUUGGUAUAUAUGAGUUGUAAUGAAUAAAAUAUACAAAAUGUUCAAAUAUGAAAGUAGUAUUUUAAUAUCUUAUAUAAUUAUUGAAAUGUUAAUAAGCAUUUGUUUUUCUAGUGGCCAAGAUUUGUUCUGGGCUAUAAGCAACAAGAGACAGAUAGAGGAUCUAUAACUGAGCCAUUUUUGUUGCAUGAUGACUUUUAAAUAAAUUUAUUUUAUUAACCAUAAAUUUGUUUUAUAAAUUUCUUUCCUUUUUACUAGUGUAAUAAAAUUGCAGACUUGA